CCUUCUUCAACUUGUGCUCCUUUCCCUCUCCCAUCUCCCUUCUCCCUUCUAUAAAUCUUUCUCUCACUUCAUUUACUACAAACUCUCACCCUUUCAACUUGCUCAACACUUUCUUCAUCUCGCUUUGCUUCAUAUAAAUCUACAAUUUGGCUUUCCCUUCCAACAACAAAUUGCUUAUCACCCUCAAACUGCUGCUUCAAUUGCCACUCAUGGAUUGUUCAUCAUGGAUUAACACUUCAUUGGAUCUCAACAUUAAUCCCCACAGGCUUCAUGAAGAUGUUCCCAAAAAGGAGGUGGAAAACAAUUUUUUCUCAUUGGGGAUGAACAAGUCUUCUCUGAAAGAAGAGGCCUCUGGUGCCUUAGUGGAGGAGCUGAAGCGGGUGACUGCAGAAAACAAGAAGUUGACCGAAAUGCUCACGGAGAUGUGUGAGAACUACAACGCUUUGCGAAGCAAUUUGAUGGAAUAUAUGAGGAAGAAUCCUGAGAAGGAGCUCAGUUCAUCCAAGAAAAGGAAAUCUGAAAGCAGCAACAACAACAAUAGUAUUCCAAUGGUAGUCAAUGGAAACUCUGAAAGCAGCUCAACUGAUGAAGAAUCAUGCAAGAAACCAAAGGAAGAAAUCAAGACAAAAGUUUCAAGAGUUUCUGUGAGGACCGAAGCAUCUGAUACAAGCCUUAUUGUGAAAGAUGGGUAUCAAUGGAGGAAAUAUGGACAAAAGGUGACCAGGGAUAACCCUUCUCCAAGAGCAUACUUCAAGUGCUCUUUUGCUCCAAGCUGCCCGGUAAAAAAGAAGGUUCAAAGAAGUGUGGAUGAUCAAUCUGUUCUGGUUGCAACUUAUGAAGGAGAGCACAAUCAUCCCCACCCUUCUCAAAUGGAGGUAACAACAAGUUCCAACCGUUGUGUGACCCUAGGUUCAGUACCCUGUUCAGCUUCUCUUAGCUCUUCUGCACCAACAGUUACCCUAGACUGGACAAAAUCCAAGUCAAGCACCAAAAGCGAGUCUAAGAAUAUAAUUCCCAAAAUCGAUUCACCAGAAGUACCGCAGGUUUUGGUAGAACAGAUGGCUACCUCCUUGACCAAGGAUCCUAAUUUCAGAGCAGCACUAGUUGCAGCCAUCUCUGGAAAAAUGUUGCACAAUAAUUAGGUAGAAAACGAGUGAACUGUAUUUAACUGAGUGAUCAGUAUUUUCUAUAAGUGGAUCAUGUUUAGAGUAUAGGAUCUCUAUGUAAAUACAACAUAGGACAUUAGACAUAUUCCUCAAUUUGAUCAAUCCUUUUAGUGGGAAUCGAGCUCCACUCAGGAUAGCAAGUCUAGCUGAUAAUGCAUUUGCUAAUCAAGCUCAGCUCAGUCUUCUCUAUUCUUCGACAUCAAAGUAAACUAGGAUAGUUCGAAUCAGGUUUCCAAUUUAGUUCUUGCGGAAUUUCUAUUAUUCUAUAGCAUACAAAGGCAAAGAAAAGCUUUGUUUCGGAAAGUGCGACUCUGUUGACAAUACAUUAUCUCCUUUUCAUUUUCCAACUCUAUUCGGAAUGCUGCUGAUUCUUUUUUGUAUCUUAAAAGAUUAAUAAUAGCGGUGCAACGCAACGAUCACAAGUUCUCAAGAUGUUUAA